AUGAAGAGGAUCCAGGAAGGAGCCAAUGCCACCCAAAGGACACUGGCCAUUGGCUCCUUCAUGCGGUGCUGAGACAAGGACCCUGGGAAGGGGGUGAAGAAUGGGACCCCAGAGUUCAGGGGCUGCUUGGCCCCUCUUGCCUCUUCCCGCUUCCUCCAUGACCACCAGGAUGAGCUGAGUAUCUGGGACAGCCAAGGCUGCGACAGGCAGUGACAACAGCGUCUACGUGUCCUGGGAGUUGGCUCAGGGCAGGGGACUCUGCUAGUGGUGGAGAAAGCUCUCGGCCAGUGCGCUGUGCCACUGUGGGCGGGCAUCUCCUUGGGCAGCUUUCUUUCUGUGACCCUGGGCAGCACCUGCUAUUAUCAGGGUAAAUGCCACUGUUACUUGGGAACCCGAGGCCACUCCUUGGAUGAAGCGACUCCUGACUCCCAACAGCAGCGAGCCCAGCUCUCCAAGAUCCCAAUAAACCCUCUGACCCCACCUCUCUCCUGA